AUGCUUGGCGAAAAUGAAGCAUUUGAUUUGUUCCAAAAGAAGGUUGGACAAAGAACAUUAGGAAGCGAUCCGGAGAUCCCUGAGCUUGCAAAAGACAUUGCUAGAAAAUGUGGUGGCCUACCAUUGGCGCUCAAUGUCAUAGGCGAGACCAUGUCAUGCAAGAGAAGGGUGGAAGAAUGGCGUCACGCGAUAGAUGUUUUGAGUUCGUACGCUACAGAGUUUUCUGGCAUGGAAGAUAAGAUCCUUCCGCUUUUGAAGUAUAGCUACGAUAAUCUUAAGGGAGGAUGUCAAAUCAUGUUUGCUGUAUUGUGCUUUAUUCCAGAAGAUGAUAUUUCUAAAGAAGAAUUGAUAGACUACUUGAUAGGCGAAGAGGAUGAUAUGGUCAAGAAAGUGGUGCGUAUGCAUGAUGUUGUUCGCGAAAUGGCAUUGUGGAUUGCAUCUGAAUUGGGAAGAGAAAAGGAGGCUUUCAUUGUGCAUGCAGGUGUAGGGUUAAAUGAAAUUCCAAAGGUUAAGAAUUGGAACAGUGUGAGAAGAAUGUCACUGAUGAAGAACAAGAUUCACAAUCUAGCUGGCAGUCCUGAAUGUCUCCAACUCACAACUUUUCUCAUGCAACAGAUUUGGUAA